UUGUAUUUCUCAACCAAAACAACAUUCCAAAGCACAAAUUAUAUAGGGCCUAUAUAGCAAAGCAACACGAGUAAAAAUGCCGGUUACACUCAGAGCAAAAUGCGUCAUUGUUGGCGAUACAACUGUUGGAAAAAGUUCUAUCAGCCAGAUGUUUCAUAGUGAUGGGUCUCACUUUGCAAAGAACUACACAAUGACUGCUGGUGUCGAGCUGCUGGUAAAAUCAGUCAAUAUUCCAGAAACAAGAGAUUCAGUGGAGCUGUUUUUGUAUGACUCUGCUGGAAAAGAAAUCUUUUCCGAUUAUGUCAAGAAAUUUUGGGACCACCCCAGUGUCAUCAUCAUUGUUUUUGAUGUGACAAGUGAGACAUCUUUCUCAAGUUGUGCUAAAUGGUUAGAACGCGUCCGGUCAGAGAAGCCAGAUGUUCACAUGCCAGGAGUUCUCAUAGGAAACAAAAUUGACUUGGAACAGAGACAAGUGAUCAGUCCAAAGGCUGCCACACACUUCGCGGAAUCCAAUGGCCUGAAAUAUUUUGAGUGUUCCUCAAAAGAGUUCCAAAAUGUGGAAGCCCCAUUCUACUACUUAGCCAAUGAAUUUUACAAACUUUACCAAGAACGUGUUGAACAUUUCAAGACUCUAUCAUGAUAGACCUUGAUUUUAUAUGAAAGACUGAAUUAUUCUAUACACAUUCCUCCGUCCAUCUAGUAUACAGAUAUUUUUUGUCUAAUUAAAACUUGUAUAUUUUAACAUCAGUUUUCUUGUUAUCGUUUUGAAGAUAAAAAUACAAAAGAGUUACAUACCGAUCAGAGAUUUCAGAGCUUCAUGUCUGUCUUUUUGUUUUUAUGAACUUGAAGCAAUCACAAUAAAAGGAUGUGUUACAAACAGAAUUGUUU